ACAUAUCGAUAAAUAGAGAGCAAACAGUGCAUAUCCCUUUAACAUUCACAACAACAAAAAAAAAAGCAACAGCAUCGAUUCUAACAGUUUGACGCUGACUGCGCUGCUGCUGUUGGCAGCGGGCAGCGUACAAUGAACUUUCUUAUGCAGUGCGCCCAAUAACACACACACAUACACACACGCUUACACUCUCUAUAGAUGCACAACGGCUGGCUGCGUCGACGGCGGCAGCAAUGGCCACAACGAUGUUGACGCUGGAAACGAGGACAACGAAGCAGUUGACAAUUGAGAAUCAAAUGCGCUAACAGUUAAUUACGCACACGCACAUACACAUACAUAUUUGGAAAGCGAUAUGUCCGCACUAUGGUUUCCGUUUUCGGCAUGCAACAACCAGGAACAACAAAAACAACAACAGGAACAACAAAACAACAACAGCUACAACCACAAGAAGCACUCAGCAGUAUCCGUGCCUGCUGCUUGACGUUGUUGCGGCAAAUUUAGGCUGAGACACACACACACACACACGCGCGCGCACACGCACACAGAGCCAAACGCAGGAAAUUGCAUUGAAAAAAUACCAAUUUUGAAAAAGCACACAACAUUUUGCAAAAGCAAAAAGAAUUCAAAUUAUGGGCAGCCUGCCGAAUCUGCACGAACUGGAGGAGGCGGAGCGUAAACGCGAGAAGCGCAGGGAGUAUGAGCUGCUGUUGGAGCAGCGCGCCAGGGACACCAGUCGGGAGCGCGAGCGUCUGUCGCAGUUCGCCCAGCAGCGCAAGCAAUUCUCCUACAAUGCUUACAUUAUGGCUGGCCUGGGCAUCGGCGGCGGCGUCGGCGGCGGCUCACUGUGUCUUACGGCAGCCAAUGGGCAUGGCAAUGGGGAGCUAACCAGCGUCAAUGGCAUAAAAGCCCAAUCACUUGCCGAAACAACAACAACAACAACGGCGACAACAACAACAACAACAACACAAGCGACAGGGACAACAACGUUGAGCGGCUUUGCCAUGCUGGGUCUGGCCGGCAGCUUGAUGAGCGCAAAGAAAUAUCCGCAUCCUUACCAUCAGCACACGCAUCCGCAUACGCAUACGCAUCCGCAUCCGCAUCAUCAGCAUCGACAUUCGCUGACCACACGGCAUCGCGUGCUGCGCACCCGGACACGCAGCUCCGGCGGUCCGCAUAACGUUUGGGACGACCAAUUGAUGGAGCAUAUGACCGGCUACUCGCCGUCGCCGAUCUCGACGCGUUCGCAUCGAAUAAAUCCCGUGUCCUCGUAUCAGGUGCAGGCCGCGUUGGCGGUAUCGCGUCGCCGCGAAUCGAUAAACAGCUCCAUUGGGGCGACCUCGAUCCGGCGGCUGAUCACGCUGAACAACCGCAACUGCCGGCACAAGGUGCCCGCCCAUGUUCGGCAGAGGGUGUGGCGCCAGUUCAGCUGCCUGAGCAUCGCCCACGGCCUGAUGAGCGCCGUUCUGCUGCCGGUGAUGGCGCUGCAGGGCUCCAGCUCCGUGUGGCAUCAUCGCGAACAGUGGCUGCCGCUGGGCCCCAACAUUGGAUCGCUCCUGCUGAGCGCCCUCUUUCUGCUGGCCGCCGUCCUCAGUGUGCCGGGCACACGGCUAAUACGCCGCUUUGGCUAUAUGCCGCUGCUGGCGGCCAAUUCGUUGGCGGUGUCGCUGUUCCUGUUGGCGCAUCUGUACGCCUCCAUCUAUACGCUGCUGCCGGCGUAUUUGGUGCUGGGGAUUACGCUGAGCGCCGCCAACAGCUGCAAGGCGGCGCUCAUUGUGCACUUUGGCGGCAAGCUGAGCUGCGCCCAGCACGAGUGCCCGCUGGUCGGCACGCAGACGCAGACCCAGACGCUGACGCCGUCGGAUGCGUUGCACGAGGAGCACAAGAUGUUCUGCAAUCGGGAUCAGAAGGUGCGACGGCUGGCGCGCUGGUAUCGUGCUGCCCAGGAUUUGGGCCUGAUUCUGGGCGCCUUGCUGGCAUCGCUGCUGCUCGCGUGCAAUGCCAACGAUUGGAACUGCUCGGCGGGCACCGUUGAAGCGCUGCCAAACGGAACGGAGCCACCGCCGGAGGACUUUUACAAUCGCAACGAGCACGACGAACGCAUUUGUGGCGCGGACAUGUGCCCGCUUCAGCUGCUGCAGCUCAACUGGCCGGCGAACAGCACACGCUCGAUAUACGCGGGCUUCAUUGAGAGCGGCGAUCGCGCUGGCGGCCAGUCCCUGCUCUGGCUGUACGAGCUGCUGUCACUGUUGGCGCUGAUGUUGUCCAUGCUGCAGGGACGUCGGCUGCUGGCCGUGGCGGGACGGCACGAACGUGUCGUCAAGGAUGCCACGGAUACGCUGCUCUUUGCCGGUCCCCUGGCGUAUUUCGUCGGCACCGAGCAGGGCUAUAUGCUGGGCGAUUUUUUGCGCGCCUUUGUCUCCUGCUCGCUGGGCAUUAGCAUGAUACCGGGCGCCCUUAUCGGCAUGGGCCUGAUGCAGCUGAUCGUCUCUUGCACGCUUAGUAUGCUGCUGCGGCACACCAAACGCAUUGUGGUCAUAUUGGCUGGUUUCUUCUUUCAUUCGUGCUUGCUGCUGGCGCUGUCCAGCUGGAAGCCAUCGAGCGAUGAUAGCGCCCUCUUCUAUGUGAUAGCCGCCUCGUGGGGCGCCUGCAAUGGCAUGUGGGAGACGCUGCUCCUGUCGCUGAUCACCCUCAACCAUGUCCAGCACGACCAGGUCACGGAGGUAAACGCAUCGCUGCAAGCACUCCGCUUCCUUGGCCUGGCCAUCACGUUUGCGGCGCACGGAUUUCUCUGCGAAUCGGUGAAGAUCAUUGCCCUGGUCGUGCUGCUGGUGAUCUGUGUGCCGCCGUAUGCGAUGCUGGAGAUGCGACUGGAGGCGCAGCGGAAGGCGACGCUCAUCAGCUUAUGACGCAGCUACUUCAGCUAGUCCAGGGGGGGGCGGGGCACUGUGGCACGCACGCACACCAUGUAAAUGCGGGCGAGCGGCGCCACAGGCCGAGCGACUGAUAACGACAGGAUAACAGCAAGGACACCCAUCCAACGGACACGGAGCCGGGCCCCCAGGCGUGCUGCAGUCCUGCCAACCUAACCAGUAUUCAAAGAGACAAGGAGCGAGAGGAAGGAAGAUAGAGAGAGUGAGGGCGAGCAAGAGGUAGGAAUAGCUUUUGUUAUAUUUGAUUUUGUAUGCCAAAGAUUUCCACCCAGCUCCAGACUUGGAACAUUUGUAGCGCUUAGUCCAAACCAAAAGCUAGACCCCAAGUCCAUAACUGUUAACUGUCUAUAUACCUAUAUAUACAUAUAUAUAUAUA